GAAGAUCAAUUUAUGGGUCCUCUCCCAAGGAAAUGGUGUUCAAUUCAGACAGAAUAGCGUAGGAGGUCGUGACUACUUAGAAAGAGUAAUGACAAACGCAUUCAAAGAUGGCGUUGGCCGCUGUGUGAGAAUUAAGAAUCGCACGUCGAGAAAGCUAGCAGAAGAAUGGACGCGCGAAAACGAAUCUGACAUAUCAGUACAGCUAUCAAAGGGGAACAAAAUUUCGUUGCGCCUUUUACAUUGUAGUAUUUUUUGCCCCGUUGCAAAAUUGCUACGGCGAAGCGAUGAAAUUAUCAUUGUCCCGGAUGGUGUGCUAUGCUUGGCUCCUUUUGCUGCGUUUCUGGAUCAUACCUCAAGAUACCUCAGCGACUCUUUCAGGAUCCGAGUCAUCCCCUCGCUUACAAGUUUAAAGCUGAUCGCGGAUGCUCCGGAAGACUACCAUUCCAAGAGCGGGGCGUUGCUUGUAGGAGAUCCAUGUCUGAAGGAAAUCACAAACAUCUUUGGUCAGCCCAAAAUGCCGCAGUUGCCAUAUGCCAGAGAGGAAGUAAGAAUGAUAGGUGAGAUUCUUAACACCGCUCCACUUACAGGAAAGGCAGCAAGUAAAGAUGAGGUCCUGAGACGAAUCAGUUCGGUUGCCUUAGUACACAUCGCCGCACACGGUCAAUCUGGAAGUGGCCAAAUUUAUCUGGCUCCAAACCCGGCGCGGAAAAGCAAGUAUCCUCAAGAAGACGACUAUAUUUUGAAAAUUGCAGACGUGCGAGCCGUUCAGCUGCGGGCAAAACUUGUUGUGCUUAGUUGCUGUCAUAGUGGUCAAGGAGAUGUUAAAGCUGAGGGCGUGGUCGGUAUUGCUCGAGCAGUUCUGGGAGCUGGUGCUCGUUCUGUUCUGGUGACACUCUGGGCAGUUGAUGACGAGGCUACUCUGGAGUUCAUGAAGAAGUUCUAUCAACACCUGAGGGAUGGAAAAAGCGCUAGUGUAUCCCUUAGUCUGGCCAUGAAGUACCUCCGGGAGACAGAAAAGUUUCGUGCCGUAGAGUACUGGGCUCCGUUUCAACUCAUUGGUGAUGACGUCACUCUGGACUUUAAAGAAAUAGAGCACGAAGCGGAAUCCGUUGAAGCACAGAAGGGACCACACAAUGGCUAAGGAACAAAAAAGUCUUCUUGUCAUGCACAUUUACAGUGGAUGGAAACCAGCAAAAAGAAGCAAGAUGCUAAUGACAGUGAGCCGGAUAAUAACAAAACAUUAAGACGGCGAUUUUUAUGUCCUAGUAUAUAUUGAGAAUCGUGUUUAUUCGAGGUUUACAAGAUAUCAUAUUAGAAAUGGUAGUCUAUUCAAGUUUGCCAAAAACUAGGAAUGAA